AUGAUGGAAUUCGGUAGUGGUGGAAGUGGGUCGGGCCACGGCGGCCAUCUCCACCACCAUCACCACCACCAACACCACCAUGAUGAUGAUGCCUCGCCGGAUCCUCAAGGCGGCGGACGGAAUUAUAAUGAUGAUAAGAAGAAGAAGAAGCGUUACCACCGCCAUACUGCUCACCAGAUUCAGAGACUAGAAUCUAUGUUCAAGGAGUGUCCUCAUCCAGAUGAGAAGACAAGGUUGCAGUUGAGUAGGGAGUUGAAUUUGGCGCCCAGACAAAUUAAGUUUUGGUUCCAAAACCGAAGGACUCAGAUGAAGGCACAACAUGAGCGAGCAGAUAAUUGUGCACUCAGAGCAGAAAAUGAUAAAAUUCGAUGUGAAAACAUUGCAAUCAGAGAGGCACUGAAGAAUGUUAUCUGCCCUUCCUGUGGUGGUCCUCCUGUUAGUGAAGAUCCUUAUUUUGAUGAGCAGAAACUCCGAAUGGAAAAUGCCCAAUUAAAAGAUGAGCUUGAUAGAGUUUCAAGUAUUGCUGCGAAGUACAUUGGGAGGCCUAUUUCACAACUACCACCAGUUCAGCCUAUUCAUAUAUCUUCACUGGAUUUAUCAAUGUCUACUACUUUUGGAGGAGGCCAUCAUGGAAUGGUUAAUGUUGGUCCUUCCCUUGAUUUCGAUCUUCUCCCGGGAAGUUCAUCCGCAGCUAUGAUUCCUGGUGGUUUACCUUUCCCGACCCCAAUGGGGUAUAAUAUUUCCGACAUGGAUAAAUCCCUUAUGGGUGAUAUAGCUGCCAAUGCCAUGGAUGAACUGAUUAGGCUGUUGCAAUCCAAUGAGCCCCUCUGGAUUAAAUCAUCGGUCGACGGGAGGGAGUUACUCAAUCUUGAAAGCUAUGAGAAGAUUUUCCCAAGGGCUAAUACAAGGUUGAAAAAUCCCAAUACAAGGAUUGAAGCUUCAAGGGAUUCUGGUGUUGUGAUUAUGAAUGCGUUGGCAUUGGUUGACAUGUUUAUGGAUGUGAAUAAGUGGGUAGAGUUAUUCCCUACAAUAGUUUCAAGGGCAAGGACAAUUGAUGUAAUAUCAUCUGGAAUAUUGGGGAAUCAUAGUGGUACACUGCAACUGAUGUAUGAAGAAUUACAAGUUCUUUCCCCCUUUGUACCGCCAAGGGAGCUCUACUUCCUUCGUUUUUGUCAGCAGAUUGAGCAAGGUUCAUGGGCAAUAGUUGAUGUUUCAUAUGAACUUCCCCAAGAUAUCCAGUUUCCUUCUCCUGGUAAAACUUACCGGCUUCCUUCUGGAUGCUUGAUACAGGAUAUGCCCAAUGGCUACUCAAAAGUAACUUGGGUGGAACAUCUAGAAAUGGAAGAAAAAGCUCCUGUCCACAGGCUCUUUAGGGAUGUUAUUCAGAAUGGGUUGGCAUUUGGUGCUGAAAGAUGGCUUGCCUCUCUUCAAAGGAUGUGUGAAAGAUUUGCUUGUCUCAUGGUAACUAACACGUCAACUCGUGACCUUGGAGCAGUAAUUUCUUCUGCUGAGGGGAGAAGAAGCAUGAUGAAACUUGCCCAACGAAUGGUGAGAAGCUUCUGUGCAAGUAUCAAUCCUUCAAAUGGGCAGUGGUCACAGGUUUCUGGAUUGAACGAAUUCGAAGUCCGAGCGACCCUCCAUAGAAGCACUGAUCCUGGUCAGCCUAAUGUUGUUUUUCUUAGUGCAGCCACCACAAUUUGGCUCCCAAUUCCUCCACACCAUGUAUUCAAUUUUUUCCGUGACGAAAGAACUAGACCUCAGUGGGAUGUUCUCUCCCAUCAGAAUCCUGUGCAAGAAGUUUCACACAUUGCAAAUGGCUCUCAUCCAGGAAAUUGUAUUUCUGUUCUAAGGGCAUUCAACACAAGCCAGAACAACAGAUCAGAAAGUAGUAGUAGUAGUAGUAUUAUGGAUGGAGUUGGAGGAGGAGGAGGAGCAUCCACAAGUUCUGCAGCAUUAUUAGCUUUGGAAGGUGGUGGUGGAAGCAGUAAUGAUGGUGGAGGAGGAGGUAAUAGGUCUGCUGCUGAAUCAGGAUCAGGAGGAUCACUUAUUACAGUAGUACUACAAAUUCAUGUGAGCAACUUACCUUCAGCUAAAAUGAGCCAAGAGUCAGUAAAUACUGUUAAUAGCCUUAUCAGUACCACUGUCCACCAAAUUAAAGCUGCCUUGAAUUGCACCACCACUAAUGCUACUACUACUACCAAUACCACUUCUUUAUGA